AUGAAACGCGCACACGCACGCACCGUGUCGCUGGUGGAGACGCGCGGGCCACCGUGGACACCGGUAUAAAAUGGAAGAGGCAGAUUCUCACAAAACUCUAUGUAAAAGGAUUGGCGCGUGAGAGAAGAGAGGAGACGAACCAGGUAAGCCCCCGUUCCUGGUUGAACCGAAUAGUCCAUGGUGUUCCAACAUAACGGAUUUAAGCCUAGGCUACCCACCAGAAUAACAGUUUUUUCGAGUUUCUGAGAGAGGAACGCUCAUAAUUGGAGAAACAUUUCAUUGUAGGCCUAGUCCAAAUAGGGUUCGUUUAUGGUAAUAUAUUUAAAAAAUGUUUUUUAAAUUAGUGAUGGAACAAAUAUAGGCAGUUAUUAGAAAUUGAUAACGGUUACUUAUUGGAUUUGGUGAUGGCUUAUGCACCAGUACAUUUUAUAAAACGGUUUUAACCAGUUUAAACAAACUUUUAAAAACUUUUUGUAAGAAUUGUCACAAUUUAUACACUACGAUACCAUUACAUUUACUGGAGUUUGUGGAUGCUGGCAGUAAUGUUAGUUGGUUGUGGAUAGCCUAUUUUGGAUACAGCUGGAAUGGCACACAUACGAAUGGAAAUAAUAUCUACAUGACAUAUCUCGAAAAUGAGGGCAUUUCUAGCAGUGUGUCUAACAUAUUUCAUAGAUUACUGGGAAUGCAUAACCAGACAGUAUUAAAGGAUUUUAAUUAAUGGCAUUGCAAUCUGUCCUAAUUUAAAUGAUGAACUUCCCUCUCUCCCCCCUCUCUCUCCCCUCCCCUCCCCUCUCUCUCUCUCUCUCUAUAUAGACAUGAAUAGAGCUACUAAAACCCACAUGACCUCCCCCAUGUUUUUUCCCUGGCAUGGGUAUGGCCCCUUUUUUCAAGGUGAUCUCACACACACACACAGGUGUAUUUUAUGUACAUGUGCACACACAUAUUGAAAUAAUCAAUGAUAUGAUUGACAUAAACACACUAAUCUGUAUCAAUCCAUCUAAUUUCUAUCUAUCUAUCUAUCUAUCUAUCUAUCUAUCUAUCUAUCUAUCUAUCUAUCUAUCUAUCUAUCUAUCUAUCUAUCUAUCUAUCUAUCUAUCUAUCUAUCUAUCUAUCUAUCUAUCUAUCUAUCUCUGUAGGUGACUGUGUUUGAGCAGGAACACUUCCAGGGCAAGUGCCAGGAGUUUACCUCUGAGUGCUGUAACAUCCAUGACUGUGGUCUGGACAACAUCCGCUCUAUCAGAGUGGAGAGUGGAGCGUGAGUCUCUUACAACCCUGGUUGUCUGUGGAGGGUGUGUGUGUGUGUGUGUGUGUGUGUGUGUGUGUGUGUGUGUGUGUGUGUGUGUGUGUGAGUGGGGGUAUUGGUGUGUGGGUGUGUGGGUGGGGGUAUUGGUGUGUGGGUGUGAGUGGGGGUAUUGGUGUGUGGGUGGGUGGGGGGUAUGAGUCUCUGUGCUGUAGCCUGUUGUCAUGCAUGGUCAAUCAUUGACUACCAGGGGGGGAACAUGUCAGUAACUCUCUCUCUCUCUGGCCUUCCCCUCUCCGUCCCGUGUAGCUGGGUGGGCUUUGAGCACCAUGACUUCCAGGGCCAGCAGUUCAUCCUGGAGAGGGGAGAGUAUCCCCACUGGGACUCCUACAGCGGCUCCCUGUCCUACCACGUGGAGCGCCUCAUGUCCCUGCGCCCCAUCUACUGCGCUGUGAGUAGUGUGUGUGUGUGUGUGUGUGUGCGUGUGUGUGUGUGUGUGUGUGUGUGUGAGAAAAAUACAGCGAGAGAUGGAUAGAUAGAAAAGCUCUAUAUUAGUGUGGAUAGAAGACAGUGGGUCAGUAUUCUGUUAGUGUGGAUAGAAGACAGUGGGUCAGUAUUCUGUUAGUGUGGAUAGAAAACAGUGGGUCAGUAUUCUAUGUUAGCGUGGAUAGAAGACAGUGGGUCAGUAUUCUAUGUUAGUGUGGAUAGAAGACAGUGGGUCAGUAUUCUGUUAGUGUGGAUAGAAGACAGUGGGUCAGUAUUCUGUUAGUGUGGAUAGAAGACAGUGGGUCAGUAUUCUGUUAGUGUGGAUAGAAGACAGUGGGUCAGUAUUCUAUGUUAGUGUGGAUAGAAGACAGUGGGUCAGUAUUCUAUGUUAGUGUGGAUAGAAGAGAGUGGGUCAGUAUUCUGUUAGUGUGGAUAGAUGACAGUGGGUCAGUAUUCUAUGUUAGUGUGGAUAGAAGACAGUGGGUCAGUAUUCUGUUAGUGUGGAUAGAAGACAGUGGGUCAGUAUUCUGUUAGUGUGGAUAGAAGACAGUGGGUCAGUAUUCUAUGUUAGUGUGGAUAGAAGACAGUGGGUCAGUAUUCUGUUAGUGUGGAUAGAAGACAGUGGGUCAGUAUUCUGUUAGUGUGGAUAGAAGACAGUGGGUCAGUAUUCUGUUAGUGUGGAUAGAAGACAGUGGGUCAGUAUUCUAUGUUAGUGUGGAUAGAAGAGAGUGGGUCAGUAUUAUGUUAGUGUGGAUAGAAGACAGUGGGUCAGUAUUCUGUUAGUGUGGAUAGAAGACAGUGGGUCAGUAUUCUGUUAGUGUGGAUAGAAGACAGACAGAUAAGGAUAAACAGAGUAUGUGAGAGAGAAACCGAAAAGGAAACAGAGUGAGAUUGUGUCCUGGUGUGUGUUUAACCCUCCCACUCUCCCUUUCUCUCCCUUUAUCCUCUCUCUCUCCCUCUCUCCUCUCUCCUCCUUCCCCCUCCCAGUCCCACCAGAACAGUCGUAUGCAGAUCUUUGAGAGAGAGAACUUCAUGGGCCGCAGUGCUGAGCUGUGUGAUGAUUAUCCCUCUCUGAGGGCCAUGGGCUGGUGCAUGCCCGAGGUCGGAUCCAUGCACGUGCAGUGUGGCGCGUAAGUCAACAUUAAAACACAAGCACACACUCACUCACAGAUACUGUACAAAACACUAUGGCACAAACCACAGGAGGUUGGUGGCACCUUAAUUGGGGAGGAAGGGCUCAUGGUAACGGCUGGAAAGGAAUGCGUGGAAUGGUAUCAAACACAUGGUUUCUAUGUGUUUGAUGCCAUUCCAUUGACUCCGUUCCAGCCGUUAUUAUGAGCCGUUCUCCCCUCAGCAGCCUCCACUGGCACAAACACACUCCAAACUUGCUAUAGUGAGACAAUUAAAGCAAAACAGUGAGUGACACAAUUCUAUUCAAGGUGACAAGAGAAACUCCACUCUAAGCCAAACAUGUCUUUCCCCCUUAUGUCCCUCCUCCCCCUCUGCACCCCACCUAUCACCCUCUCUCUCUCCAUCCCUCUCCCCCUCCUCACCCUCUCUCUCCUUCUCUCUCCCCCUCAGCCCACGCCACCCUCGGAGGCCGCUCCCCCUCCUCGCCCCUGCGACCCUCUCCCCUCCUCACUCUCUCCUCUCCAGCGCUCGCCGCUCCACGCUCUCCCCUCCACCCCUCUCGCCCGCAUCCCGCUCUCCCCCCCUCCACCCCCCCACUCCUCCUUCCUCCUCCAUCCCUCUCUCCGCCUCCCUCCCCGCCUCCAGCACUCCGCCCGCCUCCCUCCCUCCUCUCCCCCUCCCUCCAUCCCUCCCGCACCCUCCCCCACCUCCCGCGCUCCCCCGCACUCCGCCCCUCCAUCCCUCGCCCCACCCCGCAUUGCCCACCUCGCUCCGCCCCCUCAUCGCGCCCUCCCUCGCCACUCCGCGCUCCGCCAAACCGCUCCUCCCCCACCCCUCCUCCCGCGUCUCGCACUCCCUCCCCCGCGCUCCCUCUCCCUCCCCUUCCGCACCCUCGCUCGCCCUCGAGCUCGCCCUCCUCUCUCGUCUCACGCCUACUCCUCUCUCUCCACCCUCCCCUCCAUCCCUCUCCCCCUCUCUCUACCUCUCUCCCUCCAUCACUCUCCCCUUCCUCACCCUCCAUCACUCUCCCCCUCCUCCCUCUCUCUCCUUCUCUCCCCACAGCUUUGUGUGCUACCAGUUCCCUGGCUACAGGGGCCAGCAGUACAUCAUGGAGUGUGAGAGACACAGUGGAGACUACCAGCACUGGAAGAACUGGGGUUCCCACUGCCAGACCCCCCAGAUCCAGUCUAUCCGCCGUAUCCAGCACUAGGAGGGCACAGAGCGGACCGGACCCCUACCAGAGCCCCAGGCUUCGGCCUAGGCCUGGAUCUACCGGGGCCUUGUCACAGCACGACCACCACAAACCCAGUCAGUCAGAACCGUAACGCAGUUUCUACUCACACAUCCACAUCUCAACUCCGUCACUAAUUUCCUCAAAUACUCUGGUUGGUAAUACAACAGGGUGUUAUUACUACGAGAGGCGACUCGUAUAUCAGUGCCGUGACGUCAACAGCAGCGUGAGAUGAGUUAAGUCAUCACCGUAACACAUCAUGUUAUAGAGGACCGUUAUAGUGUAACAACGGUCAUAACACUCUAUCAGAUUAUAGUAUAUAUCACAGAUAUACAUCAGGGACUUUGGUUCACCAGCACCAAUAACAGCAAUAGACAAUAGUGGUGAGAGAGGAGGAGGAGGAGGAGGAAGAUCAUCACUGACCAAUAAACUCAUGCUCACCUCAAA